AUGGAGUACCAACGUGAUUUCAUAGCUAAAUUAUCCUACUCUGCAGCCAUGGCAGUCAGCAACACGAGCAUCAUUAUCGUUUUUAGUAUGAUCUUCUUCGCGGGUCAUCUCUUUUUCAAGCACCACCACCAUGGCCACCACCUUCCUGCCUUAAUCCACCACCGCAACAAGUGCCAAACCCUAUACUGCUCGAUAUGCCUCCACGAUGUAGCCGGAGGCGAGAGUUACAGGAAACUGCCCAAGUGCCACCACUGCUUCCACGUUGACUGCAUCGACGCCUGGUUUCAAUCCAAUUCGACAUGCCCAUUAUGCAGAAGCCAAAUACCUCAUCUUCCUCAGCAGAAACAGGGCAGUUUUUCCUCUUAUUUGCCCUCGCUUUCUCUCAAUUUUCUCAGGAGAAUGGGACUUGACUAUGCCGUCCUUGAAAUUUUGGCUGAAGACAGUGGAAGAAAUUUGACAGUCUUUUAA